GGGGGCCAGGCAGGGUUAGGGCUAGGGGGCCAGGCAGGGUUAGGGCUGGGGUUUGGGACAGGCCUGGGGGGUCGGCGGUGUGGAGGGGUUCCACUAGAACCCUUCGUACACCAGGUGGGAGGACACACCAGUAUGAUGCGUUAUGAUGACCACACAGUGUGUAAACCACUCAUCACCCGGGAGCAGCGCUUCUACGAGUCCCUGCCGCCUGACAUGAAGGAGUUUACACCAGAGUACAAAGGCAUGGUGAUGGUGUGUUUCGAGGGAGACAUAGACGGCUACAUCAACCUGGUGGCGUACCCGUACGUGGAGAGUGAGGGCCUGGACCACGAGGACCUACCGGAGAGGGACCAACCCCGGAGGAAACACUCCCGACGUAGCCUCCACCGCUCCACCUCCGAGAUUAAGGAGGAGAAGCUACCACACGAGAGUGACAGCACUGAAAAUCUCCAGGAACUGAAGAGUCCUCGUCUAGAGUUACAGAUCUACAGUGAUGUCCCCUUCCAGAUGCUGGAUAAUAACAGCGGCCUGGGCUCAGAGAAGAUCAGCCACAACCCCUGGAGCCUCCGCUGCCACAGACAGCAGCUCAGCCGCAUGAGAUCAGAGUCCAAGGACAGGAAGCUCUACAAGUUCCUGCUCCUGGAGAACGUGGUCCAUCACUUCAGCUACCCGUGCAUCCUGGAUCUGAAGAUGGGCACGCGGCAGCACGGGGACGAUGCCUCGGAGGAGAAAGCAGCCAGGCAGAUGAAGAAGUGUGAACAGAGCACCUCCGCCACUCUGGGGGUGCGAGUCUGUGGAAUGCAGGUGUACCAGAUGGGUACGGGCCACUAUCUGUGCAGGAACAAGUACUACGGCCGCAGCUUGUCCAUCGAGGGCUUCCGCCACGCCCUCCACCAAUACCUGCACAACGGGGUGUCGCUCAGGAAGGACCUGUUUGAGCCCAUGCUGUGCAAACUACGCAGCCUGAAGGCCGUUCUGGAGAGACAGACCACCUACCGCUUCUACUCAUCCUCCCUGCUCAUCAUCUACGAGGGGAAGGAGCCUGACGUGGCCCACGUCUGGCAGAAAGCACCACGGCUUGUACCACAGCCAGUCGCUGAGAUGCCCUCAGAGAAGGAGGAGGUGGUGCUGGUCAACCCAGGAGUAGGAAUGGGUGUCCAGGGACCGGGGUUACUAUUGGGGCUCCAAACGGUCCAGAGAACGACCGAAGAACCUCUCCAUCUCCCACAGUCUCUCCUACCACCACCACCACACUGCCCCACCAACCCUCCACAGCCACAGCAGCCUCCCUCGGACCCUCACGGUCCUCCACCUCGUCCCUCCAGCCCGAGCAUCAGUGUGGACGUCCGCAUGAUAGACUUUGCCCACAGCACCUUCAAAGGUUUCCGCGACGACCAGACGGUGCACGACGGGCCGGACCGAGGAUACGUGUUUGGAUUGGAGAGCCUCAUCAAGAUCCUGGAGGGCAUAAGGGAAGAGAACCUGUAGCGGUAUUACCUGGGACUGACGCGUUGGAUGUGUCUCAAAUGGUAUCCCCUAUUCCCUAUAUAGUGCACUACUUUUGACCAGGGCUCACAGGGCUCUUUGACCAAGGCCCACAUGGCUCGGGUCAAAAUAAGUGCACUGUGUAGGGAAUAGGGUGCCAUUUGGGACGUUACCGAUGGCCAUCCUUCAGGAGACGAGAACCUGUAGCUGUAACCUGACACAUCUUCAUCCUGCGUCUUCAGAUCUCUCCACCCUCCUCCUCCUCUCCCAAAGUGCUACUACCCUAUCCUUGAUGAUUAUAUUUGGAGAAAGAAAGAAAAGCUCAGAAUGAAUAUGAAACAAGAAGAACCUUGAGUGAUGGAGUGGAAGGCUACUGUCUGACUGUAAAGGUUAAAGGUCAUGACCGUAGGCUGUAAAGGUCACUCUCCUCUCUGACUGUUGUGCUCCUUCUAAGGUAGACUCAUGAGAAACGUACAGAGAGCAUCUAUAGUCCUGUUAUAUCCUCUCUGCUAAGGUAGACUCAUGAGAAACGAAACGUACAGAGAGCAUCUAUAGUCCUGUUAUAUCCUCUCUGCUAAGGUAGACUCAUGAGAAACGAAACGUACAGAGAGCAUCUAUAGUCCUGUUAUAUCCUCUCUGCUAAGGUAGACUCAUGAGAAACGAAACGUACAGAGAGCAUCUAUAGUCCUGUUAUAUCCUCUCUGCGAAGGUAGACUCAUGAGAAACGUACAGAGAGCAUCUAUAGUCCUGUUAUAUCCUCUCUGCGAAGGUAGACUCAUGAGAAACGAAACGUACAGAGAGCAUCUAUAGUCCUGUUAUAUCCUCUCUGCGAAGGUAGACUCAUGAGAAACGUACAGAGAGCAUCUACAGCCCUGUUAUAUCCUCUCUGCUUAGGUAGACUCAUGAGAAACGAAACGUACAGAGAGCAUCUAUAGCCCUGUUAUACCCUCUCUGCGAAGGUAGACUCAUGAGAAACGUACAGAGAGCAUCUACAGCCCUGUUAUAUCCUCCUCCUCCUGGACAGAGAUGGCUGCCAUUCCUCUGAAGGAAAACAGAGGGUCUGUUUGCCUUGUGGGUUUGUCGCCGCCAUGUGGCCAGCUGAAGUAUUGCAGGGUUUGGUUUGAAAGUAAAGCAGCUACUGCUCAGGGAAGGUCCAGGGUCUUUUCUUUGUCCCAAAUGUCAACCUAUUCCCUUUAUAGUGCGCUACUUUGGACCAGGGCCCAUAGGGAAACCCAUAAGGCUUUGGUCUAAAGUAGUGAACUAUAUAGGGAAUAGUGCCAUUUUAGCCGGUCUCCGGUGUGGGACUGGUACAGGGAAGAGAGAUCUGUCUAUCUGUGUGUGUUGAGGGUUGGUGGGGACAGUGGGUGGGUUGGGUUAGGCUGGGGUCUUGGGGAAAGUCCCUUACAGCAGUAUUCCUAUCAGGGCUGAAAAAGAGCAGCUUUCUUACAGGUUGCUGUGAGUGAUGAGAGCUUUACUGUAAAACAAAGAAGAGCAGCUUUCUUACAGGUUGCUGUGAGUGAUGAGAGCUUUACUGUAAAACAAAGACUGAAGCUAAAGGGUUAAUACUUGGCUCUGCCUCUGGAUAAAAUAAGUUUAAAAAUAAAUACAACCCAUGUGUGGCUGAAAUAGCACCCUAUUCCCUAUCUACUGCACUAAUUUUGACCAGAGCCCUAUGGGUUUCCCUAUGCCCUAUGGGACCUGGUCAUAAGUAGUGACCUACAUGGGGAAUAGGGUGCAAUUAAGGGACGUAACCUUCAGGCUGAAAUACCACACAGCUCUGUCUGUCUGUCUGUCUGUCUGUCUGUCUGUCUGUCUGUCUGUCUGUCUGUCUGUCUGUCUGUCUGUCUGUCUGUCUGUCUGUCUGUCUCUCUCUGUCUCUGUCUGUCUGUCUGUCUG